AUGGGUCUCUUGACGAAGAAGGAUUCUCCGCCCAAAGAGGCUCCCGCAAGGGACAAGGGUGAUUCCUCCAGUGACGGUCCGCCAUCGUACUCUCAGGAGCAGCGACUCUCUCUUGAACUGCCCCGGCUGGAUCUCACCAGACAGCUCCGAGAUCCUCUCUUCUACGCUGUCAGCACCGACCAAGUUGUCGCUCAUCUCAAACUUUUGACCGUUCUGGCCGACUUGCGAGAUACGAUCUCCAACAAAGAUGGUCUCUUUGGAAUCUCCGAUGCCGCGGCCGAGCUUUUAAGUGAGGAAGCCAAGGCGGAAGCCCAAGCCCGGAUCCGUGAAAAGCGCUGGGCCGUGUAUACUGCCCGUGCAGUUGACCGAUAUACCAAAUGGUGGCAAGUUGGCCUUCCCAGCUCACAUGCACCGUUCACCAUGACAGACGUCGAGCGAGAGGACUAUGAAAACCAAACUACAAGAUGCACGACCCUCGUAGCUUGGGAUGUCAGCAACCUCCCCCCUAUCGAUGUGUUGAUGGUGUGGCAUUCCCACAUGCUGAACCCCCGGAACUUUCUUGAAGACUGUAUCCGGUAUGGCAAGAUGAGUACCUGGGUGACUGGAUUUCCAUGGGAUCCAAUCAACCGCUGCAUCAAUGACCGUACGAUGGAAUAUACCAUCAGCGAGCAGCCCCAGCGCCUGUUUGAACAGCAGGUCCAGGUGAAUUGGGACAAUCUAGAUGAUCCACCCAACAAAGAAAUACAGUGUCCCGCCUGCUCUUCGGUGAAUCUUGUCCCGUGGACGACAGGAGACAUGGGGCCUACGUCCAAGGACGCCUUUAAGGAUGCCCGAGGCUACGCUGACAACUCGUUCGAAACUACUUGCAAUAGGUGCAAGUUAAUCAUCAACCACGACCUCCUCAAAGUGGCCAAGUUCCGCAAUGAUGCCGAAGCCCUUCUAAACAAGAACCUUCCCAUGCCUGGAACGUUCUACAACAUCAACGGUCUCCCGGAAGGACCGCCUCAUACUAAUUCCGGGAGACCGCCUCAUGCUAAUAUCAUAUCUCGCGACUUAACCCAUCAAAAUAUGAUGUUUGCAAACCGGUUGAUAAAGGCAACAGCGAAUGAGUUACUAGCCACUACUGAUGCGCGACUUCGCCAGUGCAAAAGCAUUGACGAUUUGCGAACAUUCCUAGAAAGCAAGCUGACCGAAAAGAGCGUCUUGUUACAGACAUGUGGUUCGACUUUACCCAUUCUGCGUCCGGCAGAGAAGGUGCAUUUCCGACGAAUGAUGUCGCGGUACUGGGAUAACCUGGGUCCUUUCGCGCUGGACCUGGUGGGUGCGGUGAUCCGCCAGGGAACGUUUGUGCAGAAAAUGGACAACAUCGACUGGUUGCAUUCGCCCACCGUAAUGGACACUGCCGAACGGACUAUUGCAAAGUAUAUGGUCUUUUUCGGAAUCAUGAUGGAUCAUCCGCGGAAUAUGGCUGUGCCUACCUUGGACGUCGAUUUGGCCUGGCAUACCCACCAGCUGGCGCCAUCGAGAUACUACACCAUGAGCACAACCCGCGGUACCAAAAAUGCCCGUCGCUUCAUCGACCAUGACGACAAGGUCGAUGAGAAUAAGCUCUCCGAGGGCUUUGAAUGGACCAGCAGGAUGUACCGACGCGCCACCAAUGGCGGGAUCUAUAGCGAAUGCACCUGCUGGUACUGCGAGGCGACCCGAGCACCAGAUCUGUACGACCGGAUGUUUGCCAUUGGUUCAUCUUCGCGGGCCCGUCGCGCCGCUGAUUCCCUACAUGACAACCCGGAUGUCUCGUCUGAUCCGGACAAGAACCCGCAUAUCUCAGCCCACAACGCCGUUCGCCCGAAAGCUGACAGUACCUUGGACGACAGAGCCGGUCGGCUACAGAGGAUCCGUCUUCAACAGUGGUACGAGAAAUCCGCGCGUCGGGCUGAGAAACGCGGUCGUCCUCGCAGCGAUUCGAGGUCAGCAGGGGAUGGCGGCUACGGGCCGAUGUACUACUACCCAUACGCCUGGGGCUACCCUAUGAUGGUCCCCUACUACGGUCCAUACAUGUGUGACCCCGGUGUCAACUCUGCCUCCUACGCUUGCAAUCCAAGCUGCAUGAGCCUUGCCUCUGGGGCUACCGGCAAUUGCGCUGCUGGGACCUGCGGUGGAGCUGUUGCUGCAGGAGGCUGUGGUGGCAUAGGCGCAGGUGCCGGAUGCGCCGGUGCUGCAUGCGCAGGAGGUGGAGCCGUAGGAGGCGCAGCUUGUGCAGGAGCAGCAGGUGGUGGUUGCGGAGGAGGCGGAGGGGGCGGAUUUGGUGGAUGUGGAGGAGGUGGCGGCGGAUGCGGCGGCGGCGGCGGCGGAGGCGGCGGCGGAUGCGGCGGCGGUGGAGGAGGUGGUUAA